UACCCUGAACAUAUAAACCUACAAUAUUUCUACUUCUAGUGUACAAAUUUGCUGUUUUCUUUUCUUUUUUGGGUGAAACCUUUGGGUUUAUCUCUCUCUCAAAGAAUUUUGCUUGAGAGAGAGAUAUAAUGAGUUACCAAAGCCUGAUUAUCCUGAGUUUAAUUUUUCCUCUGCAUUCUGUCAAAGCCAAAACUUCAAGCUGCAAUUACCAGGGGAACACUAAUCAGAUGGUUGACUUGCAGAAACAACUUCAUGUUUGGGAAACUUACUCCAAUGCUGAAGAGAUGAAACCCCAAAUGCAGGUUGCUUCUAUUCAGAACCCUGCAGUGAUCACAACACAUCUAAGAACAUGGAGGGGUCAAAACCCCUCUCGUUUUCAGCAUUACCUAAGAAAUACGCAUGGGGUUCUGAAUAUCUUCGGAUGGGGAACUUUGUUGCCAAUCGGAGCAAUAGCCGCUAGGUACUUCAGAAAAUUUCCCUUCAAGUGCAGCGAAUGGUAUUCUGUUCACAUAACGUGUCAGAGCGGUGGAUACAUUGUAGGCACCGUUGGAUGGUGUAGUGGCAUGUUUCUUGGGAAUUCUUCAAAGCAACAAAGCAACAAAACACAUCGUGUUCUUGGGAUCAUUAUAUUUACUCUCACCACCAUUCAAAUGCUUGCCAUGUUUUGGCGACGUACGGGAGAAAAUGGGUUUCCCAAGUACGUGAAGAUAUGCCAUCAUCUUCUUGGCUAUGCUCUGAUUGCUCUAACCAUAGCAAACAUAUUUGAAGGAAUAAACAAUCGAGCUCAUGCUGCAAAGUGGAAAUGGACUUAUGUUGGAAUACUUUGUGUUUUAGGUGUUACUGCUCUAGGAUUGGAAAUUUUUAAGUGGAUUAAGCGUGCAAUGAUGCGUGAGGCAGUGAAAUUGAACAGCAAUAUGUAUACGUCUCCUUGAAAGCCCUACCCAUUAUCAAAUUUUUAUUUUUUUUUCCUACAAUUGUUUCAUUUUUUUCCCUCAAUGUGACUAGUGAGGGAUACACUAAAUUCUCACACCUACAAUAAGAAUUUGAUUUUUGAUUUUUGUUUUUGUUAUCAAUUAAGGUGAUGAAUUCAAACUUGAGACAUGUUCGACUAUUGUUGCGUUAAUCCUUUACUGGAUUUAUAUAUAUUUUUUAAAAUUAAAAGCAAGGAUAUCCACCAAAAAAAAAAGAAAAAAAGAAGAAGUAAUAUUAUCAAACCUGGGCCAUACAUUCUAUAGCCCAGGAACCUAGAUUUUGGGCUCCUGCCGAAGCCAUAAAACUAUCUGGUUUGGGCCUUAUCAAACAGUCCAAAUGUGACGUUUCGUACUGCGGCU